CACACAUGCCAGGCAAUUGGUGGAAACUCUUGAAGUAAAACCCGCCUUUCGUCGUAUUAUCCAAUCACCGUGCGCGCCGUGUGGUGUUUUACUUCCGGUUCAACGACGGAGCCUGAACGCACCGCCGUGUCGAUGUUGGCCAUUACUCGGGUGGCUACCAAUACUAACGGGAGUUCUCCAUUCUGCCAUUCUAAAAAUGCAUCCAAAAACCGCCAACAAUACUUAAUUUACAUUCCGCCGCUUCCACUCGCAGUCUCGUACUGCCACGGCGUUAGCGAGAGGUAACCGAGCUUCUGCGAUUAUCAAUCAUGCCCCGCACGUGUCUUGUACGAGGGUGUGGUGAAAAGCCGAAAAAUUGGUCUACGUUCAAAUUCCACACGUUGCCAAUGAAAUUUCCAGACCGACUGAGACGGUGGAUGCUGGCUGUCAACUUGGACCCGGCGACUUCGCUCCAAAGACUGAGCAAGAAGAUAAUUUGUUCUCAGCAUUUUUUACCCGAGGACUAUUUUGAAUUUACCAGCUCAACUCAGACCACAAGUAUUAUGCUGAAAGAUUCGGCCAUCCCGUCGGUCAACAUCCCAAGAGCGGACAUUCAACAUCCGGCAAUGGAGAAGUUGAUUGACUCUGAAGAUGGGAAAGCGGCUGUAACUGAAGCUAAUUUACGAGAUGAGUAUUAUUGGAAGCUGGUUGCAGACUUCAUUGGCCCUCAGUCAGGAGAAGGGUUGGACCUCGAUAAAGACCUUUGCAAAAACAGACUAAUGAUUCAAGUGGGACUAAUAAAGGAGGACCAUAAUUUCUCUUGGAUCGCCGUCGUUGAUUGGUUGAAGAGGGUUUUCCCGGCUUACCGGUCAGCAGACUUCCGGUCACUGAUUGAAAGAGGUUCUACGACGAUGUUGAGUUUGGAAGCUGAAGCCAGGCUGACGUUCCUGGAAUCGUACGUCAACUUUAACUUUGUCGGCCCCAUAUGCGACAGCAUCGGUGUUGAACGGCAGCAUCUUUUGAAAAUGAAAGACUUUUCCGAGCGGGCAAAGUCCAUCGAAGUGACAAAUGGCUUGAUUCUGGAAUUGAGCAACUUUGUGGCUAGGGAGAAGAUUUCACCCAUCAAUAUGGUCACUUGGCUUAGAAACUUCAACCCAGAAUUCUGUAAAGAUGGGAAAACUCAGAAAGCGUAUAAAUUCCUCAAGAGUAAGAUAAAAAAGAUAAAAAUGUCGUAUGUGAAUUCCGAAACGAGAAGUCAGAGGAAGACUGUUGCCAUGGAAAAUGUUCUUCAACGUCCAUUUGACCUGGUGAAGUCGAGAAGCGGCACCUUGGAAAUGAUAAUAAACAGACGCAUGAAAAAACGAUUGCAUCGUGAACAAAUAAUGGUCAAGGAGGAAAAUGACCCCCAUGACAUUUCUCCUGUCCCAUCUAAGAGGAUGCGUCAACAAGCGUCACCCGGUGACGGAAAUGAGGACGGCUUGGGCGCGUCCGACAGCGGGGGGGAACCUGAAAACCGAGACGACACCCUGCCGUCUCUGCUCGACGUGAUGCUGCUGUCCGUUGAAAAACUAGCAAGUGUGUUUCACGGGCAAACCGAAGACUGCAAAAGCAUUUCAUUGGAGCUCCAGAAAAAUCAGUAUACGCUUACAUGCAAGAAUUGUCCGGCCAUGGUAGAAUUUGAGAAAGCGAUCAACUCGGUCAGCGAACAGGUCUCCCUGGCCCCGCCUCUUUUGUUUUUAUACCAAAACGCCCAUUUCCUAGUGGACUUGCACAACGCCGUCGAGCACCACAUCGUAGCGUUCGAGAAGGAAAUUACACAGUCGACGGGGCAGCAGCUGGGCCGCGACAGGAGCCCGCUCUUUAAGAACAUGGUGAACAUGCCCGAGAGCGCAACGUCACGCUACGUUCACAUGGCCCGCGACAUCCUGUGCCCCGACAGCGCGAGCAUGCUCAACUACAAGAAGCACUGGGCGGCGUUCUGCAAGGAGAAGAACAACCCUUCCAGGCUCUGCAGGGCGCCGGCGGUACAGUUCAACAGCUACUUCGAGGCAGCCGCCGCCCUCACUCACCAUCACAAAGAGGUAGCAAUUUUCUUCUUAGACAUGCUGUCGCUCAACAACGACCAAUGCCCAAACGUCCUUCUGGAGAGCGUCGCCGCCGAUGCCAGCGAUUCCGUCAUCCAGAGCAUCGUGUGCGUGCUCGCCAUUGUCUACUGCAAAAUAGUCGGCCCUUACUGGCAGCUCCUGAAGAGCGAAGGGGAGUACUCCCUCUUCAGCCAGUACCUGCUCUGUCUCUACCAAAAGUUCCUGGAUUGGUCCAAAGAUCCAGCCACUCUGCUGGAGCCUGAGGGAGUUGCCAAUGUUUUCCUGCAAUUCCCUAUGCAGGAGAAACUUUUUUCCGGUGUGUAUGAUUUCUGUGGUGAGUGGCACACAAACCGGGACCUCAUUCGGGUCUUAUUAAAGCGGCUCUUAAAGGUGGUUGCUGGCGUCACCGAGGAGCACCUUAAAAUGUUUCUGCCAGGAGGCACCUACUCCAAAGUCCCUUCCACCGAUAUCAACCGCCAACUGAUAAGCUGCAAGUUCUCCACCCUGAUAGUCGAGUAUCCCUCCAACCCGCUGCAAGACUCCUCCCACAAGGACGUGUCAUCGUCGGGCAGCUCGCAGGACGACGACCUGAGCUCAUCCAACUCAGACAACUCUAGUGGCGGGCCAGCUAAAAACCAAGACGACACGACAUUAAAGCCCGGAAAGAGCUACGUGAGACGUCCUGUUAAAAAAGCCUAUCCGGAGAACAUGGAUCUGGAUUACAUCACCGACACCGUGCGAAAAAACGGCGGGCCAUGCAAAACCCAGACGGAUGUCGACAAACUGCUGCUGCGCAUCAGCGACCAAACCAAGCUGGAGAGGCGGGAGGCGAUACGCUGCGAGAUCGUCUAUCAGAAAAUGGUCCUCAACAACUCCGACCCCAAUCUGGAUUACGCCUUUUGCAACAGCACCCAAAUGAUGCUGAAGCUGAAGCUGGCGCUGCCUCGCAUCAAGCCGGGGUACUCUCUGGUUUGGGCCCCGGUAAAGUCGAAGAUGGCAAAGCCCACCAAUCAGAAUGCGCAAGCCGCUGCUGCAAGCAGUCUAAGUGAAAAGCAGCCGACUCAACUUUAACACUUUGUGAGCAAAUAAUUUUUUUAAACACAGGGUUUUCAUUUUUGUCUUUAGUAUGAUUUUGAUACGUCACACUUUCUUGACUUGUAUAAUGCAUCUCUGCAGAUGUUUGAUUUUUGAUCAUGAUACUGCUCUCUCAAAUUUUGACAGCUAAUAAUCAUGAGAGCUGGAGAGAAAUCUGUAAAUGUAUGUAAAUAUUAUUUUUGCAUAUUCAUAUUUUUUUCUUCUGUCUCAAGAUGAUGUUGGGUCACAAACAUUAAAGUUAUUUUGGGUCAA